CUGAACACCUCCUCCCCUCUCUCUCUUCUCCACACUUUCUCUCUCUCUCUAAACCCAUCCAAUCUAUUCUCCCCCAACAAAACCCUAAUUCACACCAGUAACAACCACAACCAGCCAUCGAUCUCUCAAAAUGUCGAUGUCGAAGGGAUCGACAAUGCUCCAGCUGAGUAACUAACUACAAGAAAGCACAAAGUAACCUUAUAGCCCUAAAUCAUGAAACGGUCUCUGCUGCUGAAAAAUGUCUGCAACUACACACGCAGUCUAAUUUUCACUCCUCCUCCAACAUUCAAACCAACCCCUGGUAUCCAUACACUACACUUUUCCCUCCCUUCUUCAGUUUCCCCAAAGAUCAGGUUUUUCUCCUCCGAAAAUGAUUCGGACCCAAAACCUCCUCCUGAAACGAGCUUGGUGGAAAGCCAAAAGAAAGAAGUCCCUGGUGAUGUUGGUGAUGUCAGCAACAAAGAGCUGAAAACGAUGGUAGAGAAGUACUUCGAAGGUGGUGACGAAGAGAUGCUCCCAUCAAUCCUUGAAGCGGUUUUGAAGAGGAAGUUGUCUGGAAAGCACGAGGACACAGAUGAUGAGUUAUUGGAAGAGCUUCAGAUGAAGCCACUGGAUGAUGUUAAGAAUGAAGAAUUUGAAUCGGAUUUUGAGGAGGCACAUGAGACCGAUGAAGAGAUUGAAAAUUUGUAUAAUGCUAAGGAAAUUGUGAUGAAGAGAAUGGCGGAGGAUGAAUACUUCAACAUGGAUGACAAGAAGUGGGACGAGAUGAUUAAGGAGGCAACUAACCAUGGGUUUCUUAGGGAUACAAGGGAGUGCGAGGAGGUUCUAGAGGACAUGCUUAGCUGGGACAAGCUUCUCCCAGAUGACAUUAAGCAGAAGGUGGAGAAGAAGUUCAAUGAAAUAGGUGAUAUGGUUGAAAGAGGGGAGCUUGAACCUGAGGACGGUUAUGCACUCUUCAAGGAGUUUGAGGAUAACAUGGUCAUUGAAUGUGCUAAGUUGAUGGAGGCUGAUGGGCCCCCGCAGUUUGAGAAUGCUGUGCCUGACAAGAAGAAGGACGUGGAUGACCCACCAGGUGAGGGGCCAAUUCUUAGGUGGCAAACACGGGUGGUCUUUGCCCCUGGUGGUGAUGCAUGGCACCCAAAAAAUAGAAAAGUUAAAUUGGCUGUUACUGUGAAAGAGCUUGGGCUUUCUAAACAUCAAUUUCGCCGUAUGAGAGAAUUGGUUGGAAAGCGGUACUAUCCAGGGAAAGAUGAGCUUACAAUCACCAGCGAGAGGUUUGAACAUCGGGAGGAGAAUAGGAAAGAUUGUCUUAGGACUCUAUUUUCUGUGAUCGAGGAAUCUGGAAAAGCAAAUAAGCUGGUAGAGACGGCUCGAGCUUCAUAUGUGAAGGAGAGACUCAGAGCCAAUCCAGAAUUCAUGGAAAGGUUGCGUAACAAGACGAUGAGAAUGAAAAAAUCUAAUACUUCGCCUGUGUGAGGCAACAGUUUGCAGUUGCAGAGUUUGGGGGGAAAGAAGAAACAGAAAAUUCCAGAGUAGGACAGCUUGUGAUGAUUCUAGUUUUAAAUGGUCACCUCAGUUUCCAGAACCGAUGCUACUCUCACAUGUUUUGGGCUAAAAAAUAAUUCUUUUUUCUUUUUCUUUGUGAGCAUAGAAAUAUUUUUCUGUUUUUAGUUACUGUAACAAACAUUAUGUGGUUUUAGAACUCCAGUAACUCCUAUCUUCCCCUUCUAGCAUCCUGCAAUGGGGGGAGACUUGAACCCUUGAUAUUUUCUUUUGAAAGGAGAGGAGAUGCCACUAGAUUGUAAGAGGGAAGAGGUAUACUACUCAUCUUAAUCUCUAGAUUUGGAUGAAGUUUCCUAUUACAUAAUUGUGUUAGAACAACAAAAUUCCAUUUUGUCAAUUGACCUCCAAAAAAGGUUUGAAAA